GCGGUCAGGUGAAGGUUGAGGAGGGGUUGGUCGUCGUCCUGCUUCUACACAGUUUGAUCUGAACUCAUUCAGAUUCCUUUUUUUUGUUUCUUUUUUCUUUUUUUGUCAGAUUCCGUUUCUCCAUAGUCUUUUCAGUGGGUUUUCUCCUUCAUUCCGUUAUUGACAGGAAGGGACAAAGCAAUCGAUCUGGGAGCAGCCCGUCCCCAGAAAAGAGCGAGGCUGAGCGGGCGCGCUGUAACAGAUUGUGUGCAAUCUUAGGGGGCAGAGAUACGCGCUUGGGAUGUUGGGAGUGGUUCUCUGCAUCGCGCACAUUGCAUGCCAAGGACGGAGAUGGUGAAAAAUUGAAGUCUUUUUCGACAGUGGAACGGUUCGAUUCCUGUGACGCGCCGGCUUCGCCUUGCGUGUGGAAUUCUCGCGUCUCGCUCGAGCGCUCCAAUCGAGCGUGUGAAACGGUCAUCAAGGGGAACUGGCUUGAGAAGGGUGAAUUGUCUGCCGCAGCAGCAGCAGGUCCGUUGGUUCAACGAAACUGUCGGCCUUGCCGCGCAACACACCAAACGAAAAAUAAGAGAGUGCGUCUUUCCACUGAAGAAAGCAAGGGAAAGGGAAAGGGAGAGCAACAAGUGCUGCUGAGACGCUCUGAGAAGAAUCUAAGUAACAAGAUCGGUUUCAAUACGCUUGGCAUGUGACCCGUAUCCACACACGACUGCAUUUGCUUAGUAAACUCCACUGAUGUCAACAGUGGACGCAAAUUUGCCUGCUCAUCCGUCUCAAGGCUCCUCCAGUCAAGUUUGCAGCGCUAGCCAAUUCUCACUUGCCAAGUUGCCGUCAAGUCCUCCCAGGAUGACUGCCGCUUCUGGCGUUACACUUUACACUGCCUGGAUGGCCCGAGCAGAUAGGCCUAUCUGCGGCGCAUAUUGACUUUCACAGUUUCACUGUCCUGUGUGGAGUUGGGGUGAGGUGGUGGAGAGAAGGGAGGUGUGUUAAGCCGAGCUGAGAGGAGGGUGAAGUGAUCACAGGAAAAGCAGAGAGGUGGAUAGGUGCGAGGAGAGGAGAGGUGAGGAGCCAGACCUCGAAUAAGUUUCAAUUUCUGGCAGCGGUUCCUGCCCGUACGCUGCUGCAGUCAUGAAGACCUCUGUUUUGUUGCGCCUGUUCUUGAUAGCGGCCGUGGCAUCGAGUUGCGUCUUCUUCAUGCGGAUACAUGUCAGCACCAGCGUCUAUGGUUCAGACGGGCAAGUCGUGUCUCGAGUGCAAACCAUUCUCCGUUACUUUGGGCCCGAAGCCCAUGAACAGCAACUGCAGCCGGCGCAUGAGCAGAACAGUCAGCAUGGGUUCGUGGGUCUUUUCGAGAGACUGAUGCCAUUCAAUACAGUGAAUUCAAAGCUGCAGCAUGAGACUCAUGAUGAGAGUGAAGGCGGGGAGAAGACGCAGGUAACGAUAGUGACAACGACAGGUGCAGACAGGAUGGCGCACAGUCGAUCAGACGCUGUUCUCGGUGAAAAGUGCAUUAAUGUGCGUGCAAUGUUGCUUAUGGGAAGGAUGGAUAAUGCGGAGCUGCUCAGAAUGUAUGAUCGUCAUAUUUCUGGCGAGAAGGAAGUCAACGAGGCAUGGGGUGGUCAUGGAAGACCCGCCGCUGGUGGCCGAUUCAAAAGAGGGAGGUUGCUGCUGGAGUCCCCAAGGCAGGAGGACUCAGGUACAGGAGACUAUCCGGCUGGUGGAGGGAAGGGCAUUCACCGUGAAGGCAAACCGAGCGGAAGACGCAGAAAGCUCCAGCAGGGCGCUUUCCUUGAUGCAGGGUCUCUCUAUAUUAACGACACUAUGUUGUUCCUUGCAAGGCGCGCAGUGGGCUUGCUUCCAUCGGUGUAUGACAGGGACCAUUUCUUCUCCGGAGUGUGGAGCAUCGUGGCGCAAGAGGAGGCAGAUGGAAGCAUCUCUUUGUACUACAUAGAAAACAAGCUGAUGUACGACACGACGAAAUCCGACCAAAUCACCUUCGAGUCGUCACCGAUCGUGGCGACGUACAAUAUCCGUCAAGCGGUCUUUCAGCCAGUGCAGGGUAGUUCGUCCGUGGCAACCUCCCAAUCACUGAAGACGGGCCAAUGGAUGUUGGUGGAGCCGGUGGGUGCAGCGGUUCCUGACAUCACGACAAGCCCCGUCCUCAACACGGAUGGCACAGCCAGCUUCAGGAGACUGGCAUCUACAGGUAAGGGGAACAGCACUGUACUGCUAGUCCCAGUCUGGGGUACGUCGACAGUGGCUAUGAUUAACGCUGCCGAUGGCAGCCGGAGCGUUCUCACUUCAGGUCUCAAUGCGUCCGUCUCCGUUUCCUUUCCUCGAAACGCAAAGGGUGGGCAAAAGGUGUUUCUGACUGAUCUUAUGCCUCAGCCCCAUGUCGUUUCAGUUCCUUAUCCUCCCGGCGCGGAACCGGGUGGUAGCCCUGUGAGUGUGGUGGGUAAUAUUCCAAAGAACACAUCAGGUCCUGCAUUCGCGAUCCUUGGGCCGUACAGUACGUCAGUGGACGGGGCACACCUCUUUAUGGCGGAUGUGGCCAACAAUCAGAUCCUACGGAUGGACAUAACGGCUGAAGGGGCCACGACUGUUGUCAUUGCUGGCAGUGGCGAGCGGGGAAUAAUGGACGGCAAACCGGCCGAGGCACAGUUCGAAGGACCCUGGGAUGUAGCACUGACUGCGGACGGGUGUAAUCUUUUUGUCACAGACGGGAACAGCAUCCGAUAUCUGCCUUUAAACUCCCCCUCUGGCGAUCCCAUCUCUGUGAAGACGGUGGCUCAGAUUCUCCCAGGUGAUCCUGUUCUCGGUGGAGCUCUUGGGCUUGCGCUUGCACUGAACGAUAGUGUCCUGUAUGUGGGCCGAUCAGAUGGUCAGAUCCAUGAGCUUGCCAUCAACCAACAGCAGCUGUUCGAUUGUGUGAAUCAUCUGAACAACACCGUAGGCACACUUCCAACAGGCCCCCAGGAGGUGGACGACGGAAGGCAAGCGUCACCGAUCACGGUCAAAGCUUUUGGAAUGCCCUCUACGCCAGCGUCCACUCCUUCUGCUCCACCCGCUGCUUCAGCCAAUGGUAAUGCUUCUGCUAAUUCUUCUGCGGCAAUUGCUCCUCCUCCUCCUCCUCCUCCCUCUGCUUCUUCUCCUUCUUCUCCUUCUUCUAUGCCAGCUCCCCCUCCUCCUCCUCCUCCUCCUCCUCCUCCUCCUCCUCCUUCUUCUAAGCCAGCUCCUCUUCCCCCUCCUCCGUCUGCAUCUUCUUCUUCUUCUCCUUCUUCUAAGUCAGCUCCUCCUCCCCCUUCUCCGUCUCCUUCUUCUGCUUCUUCUUCUUCUAAGCCAGCUCCCCCUCCCCCUCCUCCAUCUGCUUCUUCCACUUCUUCUUCUGUCCCGACCCCUCCUCCUCCUCCUCCUCCUCCUCCUCCUCCUCCCUCUGCAACAGCUUCCUCUCCUUCUUCCUCUGCGAAACCUGCUGCAAAAGAUGGAGCCCCAGCUUCUUCUGCUUCAACAACUUCCCUGUCUCCUGUUGCGGCCGCAAACUCACAGGGCUAAAGACAACGACAAAUGGAUUGCACGUCAUAAUAUCGCUGUACCACGGAUUUCAUGGAGGGAGCUUCGAUGAAUAGGUUAUUCAAUCAUCGAUGAGAGUGGCGCCCAUAACUCUUCUCAUUGUCGAUGCCUGAUUCCAAAAGACGUCAGCGAACGGAUUCCUGCAGUUGCCUCUGUUGCAGCUCGACUGCCAGCAAACUCCUUUGUCAACCGAGGCUGACGUGGAGAUACUGAAAGCUAGUGAAUUUUAGUCGACGUAGAGGACUGGAUAUUCUGCCCUCCCUUCAUCCCUCGCACUGCCCUCAAAGCGUCGACGGAGCUAGUUAGCUUGCCAGCCGGAUAGCCAGCUGGCCAGCUGAUCCAGGAAGUACACCGAUUGGCUAUGUUGAUUCAAUAGUUUGACAGUCAGUUUCCAACCAUAAGAAAGGCCGUCACAAUCGGAAGGACGCACACGUGUCAACGUGGGCGUACAGCCAAAUCUCUCUCUCUCUCUCUCUCUCUCUCUCUCUCUCUCUCUCUCUCUCUCUCUCUCUCUCUCUCUCUCUCUCUCUCAAGACGCACUUGCACACAUGGUUCCUCUGUGUGUGUGCGUGUGACACGCGCACACAUGUCACACAUCUUACGGAUGCAAAACACACCGAAAGCAGGGGUGAUUGACCUUUUGGGUUAGCGACUGUACUGUUCAGCAGAGACGUGAGAGAUACACACACUUUGGCUGAUAGGAGAAUCACAUAAGCUAACGUGAUGCUGUAGAUAGAAGAAGCCUAGAGAACGGUGUAGAUACUAGAUAGAAGAAAGAACCAUGACAUCUGUCCACCCCUCUUGCCAGGCGCUUGGCAGUUAAUGCCCUCCUGACAUAUGAAUGUAUGCCUUCUUGUAUGUGCACAAUAUGUCAGUCUUCUUAUCUGUACAUUCUAUGAAACAAAGUCUAUAUACAUAUACGGCUCCUCACCGAUAGAUGAUUCCGUUCUGAAGGUAGGGCCAUGCAUGCCUUCCAUCUACCCAUCCAUGGAUAGAUAGAUCACAGAUGGAUGUUUAAUAUCCAUACACAUACGCGAGUGUCUCUGUGUUCCUUUGACACACACAGACAUAAACAUGUAUACAUGAAGAGAGUGACACACGUGUGUUGGUUCAACGAGGACAGCGUCACAGCGGUCCUGCUGGGGAUGCGUUCCCUGGAAAAGUAGCCAGCACUUCUCCAGCGUCAGCGAAAAGAAAGAGGGAUGGUUUUGCUGCAGCCGGGCACGAGUGCAACAGAGCAAGCAGGUACAUAAAUAGAUCAUGUGAUAUAGAGAUGCAACAGACCUGGUGACAUGCAGGGAGGGAGAUGACACAAGGCGAGGGCGCCAAAAAAUAUCACACGAUGCAUGAGUGAUGGUUUCGCUGCCGCCGGCACUGGUGGAAUAAAAGGUACCCGAAUCACCGAUACAUAAACAGAUCAUAUGAGAUCAGUCAGAUAUGGAACAGACCAGGUGGUGUACAGGAUGGGAGAUAAACAAGCGUAGAGGGCAUCGAAUAUGACAUGAUGCCAGAUGACCAAGCAGAUUGAAGUGCAUACUAGAUGUGAGACGAAUGAGAGAAGAUGACAGCAGUUAAGAGUGGUUGCUUGUUCUCUCUGCCGGUGUGUGCUCCUCGAUCAUUUUCCUGUUUUGGAAAUAAUAACUGAAGCGUUGCUUCAGAAUUGGUAAUGCACCUGGACAUUGGUACUGUCGAGAUUCAAUUGCCUCUGCGGUUCGGUUAGCGACGGCAGUGGGGCUGCCACUUGCCCGGCGUUCUCCAUGUGUGGGUGUGGAAUUGUCGACAACACAAAAUGCUUUCGGCAUGCACUCCGAAAGACGAGGACACGUCUUCAGGAGGCAAGGUUCAGUGGUAGCCAAUCGACAGCCAGGGGGCUCCCUCACUCUUGUGGUAUCGCGGAUGACCUAAUGAUGAGACAGCGCUGGUUAUAUUGUAGACAGUGAUGUUUGUGACUCGAGGGCAGAAAGCACUGAAGAGAGAGAGAGAGAGAGAGAGAGAGAGAGAGAGAGAGAGAGAGAGAGAGAGAGAGAGAGAGAGAGAGAGAGAGAGAGAGAGAGAGCACGGGUUUCUGGCAAUCACAAGCGUCAUGAACUGUCCCUUUCCUGAGGAUUGCCUUCAUGGUGGUCCUCCUCGCAUGGACUUCAUCAAGGAGACGGAGCACCUACCUGUUCAAGAUUGCAUCCUGAGGUUCAUUGGACGGGUUUCUGGAAGUCGG